UUAUUAUUUCUUGUGUAGUGUUUUAAGUGCUUUCUAUUUUUAGACCAUGUGCCUUAUCUUUUCCUUUUAACUCACUUGACUACAAGAGGGCCCCGCACAGGAGUUCCUAUGUGCCUGGACUGUCUCUCUGUGCACAAAUGGCAAAUAAAAAUCUUGAAACUUGAAUCUUGUAAAAACCCCUACAGCUGUGUCUAACUUAUGCUUGUUGGGUUAUUUCUUACUUUUUCACAUCUGAAGCCAGAACAUGUGGUACUUAGUUAGUCAAUUAGACAAUCACAACUUCAGAAUCAGUCUGAACCUUUUAUGCCUUUCAGUGUUUUAUAUUUUUGUGUAUUGAUUAUCAUUGAGUUUUAGAUGGUUAGUUGAACAGAUUUCACUACUUCUUCCAUUUCUACAGACCAAAUGAUUAUUCAGUUAACCAAUAAUAUAAUCAGCAUAUUAAGUGAUGAAGAAAAACCUUCUGGCCUUGACUUUGUGCAGAGGAUGCUCAGGAUGAAAGUGCAGCCUCAGUUGACCCUGGCAUGCUUGCAGAUCAGUGCUCCAAUUCCCUGCCAACCUCUGGGUAAUGAACAACACCUGAUGCAACAACACUGUCCAGUUUUAAUCCUGACAAAUUGCCUCCAUGGGUACCGGAGAUUCUCUUUCUAAAGCCCUUUAUCUGCCUCGCCUGCCCAUUCACCGGGCAUACAGAAGCUCAGAGAUUCAUUCUCCCCUCUAUAUCCUCCCCAACAGGCCCCAUUAUCUUAAGUGAGCGUCAAUAGGAUUCUGAGAGGCGCACUCUUUUACUUCUUCAUGUACAAAUGAGCUAUGGGAGUCAUUUCAGAGAUGCACUGUCUGUGUAUAUGCGUUCUGACUUGUAACCCAGCUCGGGUAAGCACUGAUAAAUAACUGGCCUCUGUAAUCUGCUGCAGAUAAAAGUGUGUGUGUGUGUGUGUCAGUGCUGCAGGGUUUUGAUGUUGGAGCUUCUGUUGUCAUCGCUCAUGUUGUUACCGGCAUCACAGGGUCCCACUCAGCUGUCAGGCACAGCAACGCCACGCUCCCUGUGAGUUUCCCAGCCAGGGAUGAGACAUGUAGGAAUAUCAAAGCCUAUUUAUUUGGCAACAUCUGGGGACAUUUUCUGAAGGAUGCCUGGGAGACAAACUGUUGAAGACUGUCCUUAAAGUGGGAAUUAACAAGCCAAUGUUACUCAAAAAAAAAACAAAUUUUCAGCAUCCAUUCAAAGCAUCCUGGUGUUUUUCCACUUCAGUUUCCUCUCGAGCUGUUUGUGCAGAACUGAAAACAUGCGGUGAGAAUUGUUUCUCACCUACAACUCCUUGUCAUUGGUCCGAACCUCGUUUUCAUUGACUUAAAUGGCUGAUACCAAAAGAGAUUCUUAUAUCUCAAUGAGUGACUUGCAUUCUGGGAGCAGUUUGGGCUUCAGUGUUUUGCUCAAGGACACUUUGACAGUGAGGACUUGGGAUGUCUAAUGUUAAUGUCUAACCUGCUUUACCAACUGAGCUACAACUCCUACAGAGAACUGUUAAUUGUAAUUCACUAAUGCAGAAUAUUUUUUUUGUCUUGAUUUACAUUAUGAGUAGUUAAGAAUUCACCAAAUUUGUACCUCACAAGCCUCGAUUUGAGCAUAUCUAAGCAAAUCAUUUUGCUUUAUGGCAAUAGUGGGAUUUUAUGGGAAAACUGUGAGUUAAAUUAAGAAUUAGCAUUGUUAACCCCUAAAUCUGAACAACACCUCAGGGUUCUUUCCACUUCCAGAUUAUGGCCCGUGAUAUAGUGCUCACUGCAACAUUCAGCGGUUUAGAAAGCCUUGUGUAACCAAUGCCAUCAGUAUGUUUUGCAACAAUAAGGUUGCAAAGGUCUUGAGAGAGCUCUUUGCUUUUUGCCCAUCAUGAGAUGUUUCUUGUGUGACACCUUGGUAAUGAGACACCAUUUUAUGGGCCAUCAGUUGGGACUGAACCAGCUGAUAUUAAUUUGCAUUGACAAGGGGCAGGAUUGCUUUCUAAUUACUGACAGUCUUCAGCUGGUGUCUUGGCUUUCCAUGCCUUUUUGCACCUCCCUUUCUUUGUGUGUUCAAUACCUUUUCCCUGUGUCAUUUCACGUUAUUAAACAUAACUUAAUUUAUGGACAUCUACGGUAUGAUUUCUUUGCAUGUGUGGAUUGCAUGGGCUCUUACCGACAUCUGGUGAAAAUUUCUAGCUCCUAGUAGCCCCUUUAGAAACAUAUUUACUGAGAAAAAUGGUGAUGUGUUCAAUACUUAUUUUACCUGCUGUAGCUGUAUUGCUGGCAAUAAAGCUGUGCUCAUGCUUGUGCUCCGUGCUUGUUUCAGAUUCACAAAUGAUGAUUUGCUCUUUUUUUUUUCUGUUAAAAAAAAAUCUUACAUUGAAUGACUUUGUGUUUUGCACCGUUGAUCAGUCAGAACUUUGAAGCGCAGACAAACAGCAGACAAACAGAUCAAGAUAUUUUGGACUUCUUGGCUGAACUGUUUAUUGAUUAGUUGAGUGUUAUUAUGAAUAGACUAAAUUGCAUUCAGACAAUUUACUCAUUGAAAAUUGGGAUGUGAUUACAUUUAGUAGGUUCACAAGUGCAAGUACACAGUUUGAUGAAUUUGGGCUAUUGUUCAACACCCAUCCAUCCAAUAAUUUACUCUCAGCCAAACAUUGUUGGACUGAGAAAUCAGCCAUCUGACUUUCAUUCACUAUUUAGCUUAAAAAUGGACCUUCAUUCACUAGUUUUCCAUCCUGUGUUGAUCCUAACAGAACAGGCUCAUUAAGAUUCCUCCGUCUCCCACUGGGCAGGUGGCAGUACAGUGACUGAGGUUGUAGAAAUGUAAAUUGGCGCGAGGCUGCCAGCCAGCACAGAGAGUAUCAGUAUGUGGUCCAUCCUGAUGGAUUUGUCUCAGUCUGUCAGAGGAAGACCUGACCCGUGAUUCGGCAGCUACUUGCCAAUCAGUGUAUUGACCCAUUUGUGUUUUUGCCAGCCGGAGGUGUCCAUGCUCCCAUCAGUCUCUGUGAAAUAUUACUUUCCUUAGCUGAGUAUCAAACAUGUCUUCAGCCUUGGUGCUGUCUGUCUCACUAAUAGAAAUGAGCACAGAGAGAGGCAAGAGAGGGAGGGUGUGAAAAUAGCAAAGUAGCAAAAUGGAAGACAUCACAGCCAUUUUUCAACCUCAGAACUGUAGUAGCAGGUGGCCCGGCAGCCGGCAACCUCACUCUUUGGCUCUGGAGAGAACAUAGAGAAUUACAGGCUUUUAUCGUCAGUCCCUCAUUUUCUCCUUUCUGAUAUAUAUGUAUGUAUGUAUAAAAUGCUUCUUUUUCUCCUCCCAGGAACACUACAGCUGUUACUUAAUGAUUUUUGCUAUUUAUACUACUGUUUCCACAUGUUUUCCUUGUUUUUAGGAUUUCAAUUUGCACUUUAAAUAGGGGGAUUAAGUAGGCUUAAUUGGUUUGUACUCGAAGGAUUUGGGAUUAUCAUAAAAAAGUAUUUCAUUUCAUUGCUUGAAAGAUGAAAUUAAUAGGAAAAAGAAAGCUUUCUUAAAAAGGACACUGAAACUGGGACUUUCUGCAGUUCUAUGAUACAGAGAUAAGGAGGAUUAACCCUGAAAUGUCUACAGUCCUCUGACUGCUAAGAGGCACCAUUGAUUAAUAAUUAUGUUUCAGUCUAUGGAGCAAUGUCAAUGAUAAUUAGGGAUAAAAAAAUAAUGUGAUUCUCUCUUGAACAAAUCAACAUCAAUAUCCAAAACUUCUACAGUCUGCAAUCAGGGAGACAUGAUGUCUGAACAAGGUUAGCAGUUGAUCAUGAUAACCCUAACCCUAACCCUGACUCGCAAUCUCUGUUCCAGUUCAUCCCAAAGCUGUUUGAUGGGGUUGAGAUGAAUGACCAUGUUGACACCAAAGAGCUGUGACAUUAUUGUGAAGUCGUGGAUGGUGGAGAAGCAUCAAGCAUCAGAGCCACUUGUGCUUUCUUAGCUUCACUUGGAGUUGUGCAACCUUUCUGCAAGACCAGUUUGACUUACUGUCUCUAAAAGAAUAUAUUAUGUCAUCGGCCUGUGAAUAUAAUAAGGGACCACCAUCCACCUUAACAAUGGAGACUAUUUCCCAAGAUUCAAUUCUGGAGUGCCAGAUCUGCUUUAACUACUACAGCCCCCGCCGGCGGCCCAAGCUCCUGGAUUGCCGGCACACGUGCUGCUCGGUGUGUUUGACCCAGAUGCGCAGCAGCCAAAAGGAGAUUCGUUGUCCUUGGUGCCGUGGUGUCACCAAGCUCCCGCCAGGCCUGUCCAUCUCUCAGCUCCCAGAUGACCCCGACAUCAUCACUGUUAUCGCCAUCCCUCAUGCAUCUGAGCACACGCCUGUCUUCAUUCGCCUCCCCAGCAAUGGCUGCUACAUGCUGCCGCUGCCCAUCGCCAAGGAGCGGGCACUCGGCCUCCCAGGCGAGCUGGGAUGUCGCUUUCUGCCUGGCAGCCAGCAGAAGGGGCUGACAGUGGUGACCGUGCCCGAGCAGCAGCCUCUGGGCCUGGGUAUGUCUCUGGAGGGUGUUGGGGUGGGGCUGGAGGGAGGUGAGGGCGAGAGGAGAGUUAAUGGCCCAGUGGGAGGAGGAGGAAAGGGGUCUACAUGGUCUGGUGUUUGCACAGUGAUCCUUGUGGCAUGCGUGCUGCUCUUCCUCCUGGGUAUCGUGCUACACAACAUGUCCUGCAUCUCCAAACGCUUCACAGUCAUCUCCUGUGGCUGAGGGUGGGGAGAGGUUGCUUGGACUGCCGCAGACCCCCUCCUGGAUUCCCCCACAAGCCCUGCCUCUCCUCGGGGCAGGACUCUGCUGAGGAGAGGGGACCAAACUCACAUCAUGGACAUCUGAGGAAACUAAAGAGUAAGCAGAGAGAAACAGAUGAAGAAGAAGAGGACGUGGAGGAGAUCCACAAAUGGUCUGCCAUUGUGACCCCCCUUUUUUAUUUGGUAGAUAAAAUGGAAAUAGAGAUACAAACUUUGACUUUUGCCAGCUCUAAAAAUCCUACCAUUUCCCUGUCUGUCCAUUUUCUCUGAAAGAAUGCUUUAGGAGUCACUCCAAAAAUGUUUUUGGCUAGCUGAUAUGUUUUUGGCCCACUAACAUAUUUCUUGGCUAAGGGCCGAUUUGACACUCACAGCCGUCGGACGGUCUGUUUAGUCUGUGGUUUGUACAAGUACAUCAGUUAUUAUAGUGUUGUUUAGCUGAGUGACCGUUCCAAGUGCAGUGUCUCCAGCUGGUGCUGCAGCACAAAGAUUUGGGACUUGGCUACUCUCUGUUCUCUGAUGCUGCAGGAAUUAACUGUGCAGGAUCCACAUCUAGCCCUCUUCGAAUCAUCUAGGAAACAGCUUUCAUUUUCUACUUUUUUUUCUUUCAGGCAACCUGUUCCUGUUCAUAACAAACUGUUGCUGUGAUGGCUUGUUGUCAAAGAACACAAAGCAUGGGUUGUAUUGUUCAUUCAUGCCACCAUAUUACAAGCCUAAACUAAAAAUAUGGCUACCGUUGAUUUGUUUAUAAAAGUAUGAAUUAGUAGAAUUAGUAAAUUCUGAGAUUUUAUUUUCAAUGAGGAGGUCUUUACCAAGCAAUUAAUCGUUUUACUAGUUGCUGUCCUAUUUUGAAUAUGGUGGGAGACUUUGUGGAGCCUUUUGGAGGGAUGCUAGCUGUCAAAUAAUACACAGUCUGAUAAACAAAGAAAAGUCUCAAAAUAAUGUAUUUACAGACGGGUGACAGAAUAAAAAAUUAAAAGAAAUUGUUCGAUAUUUUGAGAAAUGCAUUUAUUUGCAUGUUGUCCAAGAGUUAAAUCAAUUCCACUUUCAUAUCUACGUAUUAGUGUGGUGUAGAAAGGAAGCAAUUAAUUUGGCAAAGCCUAAACUGGAAGCAGCAAAUUUGUUAACAUGUUUUAUCAUUUUGUUUGUUUAAUCUGUAUGCAAACAAACAUGUAAUGUUGUUCUAGGUUCUACAUGCUAUGUGAGUUACAACUCCCCAGAAAAUGACAACAUCACAUUUACAUUGUUUUUUUUUUCUUUUUGCAACCUAAGCUAGCUGUUUCCCCAUCUUUCAAUGCGGUUUUACAGGGAGUUAUGUUGCUAUGUGAGUUAUCAUGGCACUAACUCCCCAUGAAACUGCAGCCUGAUGUUUUCACAUUGCUGAUUGCUAAAAAUUUAUACGAACAAAAUAAAACAUGUUACACUGAGCUUUAGAGGUGGUGGUAUAUUUUUUGAACUUUGAAAAGAGCCAGUUAAUCUAUUUCUUACUGCUUCCAGUCCUUUUGGCUCUGGCUCUAUAUUUGAGGCUGGAAUCAGUCUCUUAUCUCUUGGCAAGGAGGUGAAUAAAUGCAAUGUCAAACAAUUUCUUUAAAUAAACAAAAACAAUGAAAAAUUGGAAAUUUAAGUCAACAUUUUUGUUUUUAGUUGUUCUUCUUUGUUUCUUUUUUGCUGUGUAUUCACUUUUAUGUUUUCCCACGGAUGCCUAAGGUGUUAUCUCUCAUUGAUUAGUUAACUGUUCUUCUACUUUUCACCCUGACCUGCAGACCACUAUUGUCUUCUAAAGACACACCCUCCAGCUUUGACCAGGCCCUCACCAGCAGCCCACACAUUGUCAACCCCCUUCAUCUUAAUACCUACCUUAAUUUAGAAAACUGGGGGAUAUGGGAUCAACAGUGGGAUGGUAUAUGUUAAUGUAUGUGAGUAAUGGGUCAGUAACAGGUCAGGAGUGGGCGGGCACUGCAGGGUUCUAGUUAAUGACAACUAUAUCGAUUUAUCUCCUUUUGAAUAGCUCUCGCAUCCGCAGAGAUGGAUGUUUCUCUUUUCUUUUCACUUUCACUUUCAGGCAAGCAAUUUGUCCAUUUACUGUAUUGUUAAAGCAGUGGAGUGUACAGUAUACACAAACAGGGUAAACUCUUUCAUAUAGCAGCCUCAACAUGUACAGAAUGAUUGUAAUUUUCUUGUUUUUUUUCUGAAAACUUUUUUUUGCUUAUGUUUUACUUGGUUUGUUCAAAGAGUCUGAUUUGAGAUGAGAGCUCGCUGCGUUUGUUGUUAAAGAAACAAGCAAGUUAUUCAGUACACUUCAGGGCAGGGCAUGUUCAUGUUCAUGACACAACAGUGAAAAGUAAGUUUUGGCAUUUAGUAUAUGAAUUGUACCACAAUGUUAUAUAUAAAUACAUAUAUCCACUUGUUCACUUCAAAAUAAUUCUUAGACUUCUUUUACACAUCUGAACUAUGGAUAAUCCAAAAUGGAAUAUUUCCCUUACGAAUUACAAGACUACCAGAAUGAUUUUCCCACCUUAAAUCAAAAUCUGAUGAUUUCAACACUUUUUACCAGUCUCUACUCAACUCAACUUUUUUUAAAAAAAAAUGAAAUUGUCUUUUCAUUUUGAUUUUAGUUCAACUGCAGUGUGUUUAAUUUAAAUUAUUUGAUUUUGCAUCUCAUAACAGCAUGAUUUCACCACCUUUCAUCAAAGCAAAGCCUCAAGAUUUCUUGACUCUUGAACAGAAAAAUACAUUUGGACAUUUAAAUUAGACUAAUUAGAUUUAAUCAUUAGACUGAUUAAAUCUAAAUAGCCAUUUUGCCGCUCAAGGAUUUGUUGUGAAAAUGCCCAGACUGCAAUAGAGGGUGAAAGUGAUAAAUGUAGACAAUUUCACCUGAACUGGUUGCUGCUGGUUGGAGCUCCUGCUGUUCCUAUUAGACUAUACUGAAAGCCCUUUUGAGGUUUGGUGUUCCUUAGCUGAAAGUAAAUAUAUAAAAUAUAGCUCCAAGCACUCUGCACUAAAAAAACAAACAAACAAAAAAAACACAAUAUAUAUUUAGAGACUAAUUAAAUAUUCUUUUGCAAGCCUUACUUAAUUCAAAACAAGAAAGAAAAGGAAUUUUGUGAAAAUAAGAGUAAAUUGUAGCAUAAAUAACUAAAUUGUAGAUUUCUUGCUGCAAACACACAUCAGUGUUAACAGCACUAACAUGCUCUUGGUAAUUAUCCACACACUGGGUUCACUCCACUCAUGAUAAAUGAACCUGUCUUUAGUCCUUUCCCUCUGCCAAUCCAUCAUGAACGAGGCACUGCAUGCGACGGGGGAAUGUGGGGAAGUGCAGAAACACAUGCACUACGUUUCAUAUUUUUCACCCUUAAAGUGUCUGCACAGUGCUGAUAUAUGAGAUUAUUGAUUUGAAGGUGGUGAAAUCCCAUCAUUAUUAGGAAACAAACACCGUAAAAUGCUGUCAUGCAAAAAAACCAAGGAUAUACACAAGGUUAUACAGAUAUACGCCUGCCGAUUUUGGUUAUUGCUUUUCAUAUUUUUCUCUGUUAAAUGUAGCAUUUUCCAACAAAGGAUUGCUAUUAAGAAGAAUAUCCUUAACGUUCUGAUCUUUCAUGAAAAGGGUCUGUUCCUGUUCAUCAUUUCAGUCAUAUUUGCCUGUGAUUGACUAGAGAAGUGUAGAAAGGAGGCUUGUUAUUUCUGUGCCUGUGUGUUUGUAAAAUGCAGUGAAGUUCCUGUCGUAGUUUCCUGUUUGUGUCAGGUCGACGAUGACUGGUUACACAAGCAGCAGCUGUUUUUGGUGAACUAUUAAAGCAAAUGCUCUGAAUCUGAA